UUAAACGUAUUUAUUUUUUUAACAAUUGUUAGUUAUGUUUUUUAGUUAUGUCAUCUAGUGAGAAAUGUUACUUUUAUCGAUGGAAUAUUUACUCGGUGAGAAGCUCGUCAUGAAACAGCUGAUUGUCACACCUUGAAGGCGGGCGAUUCAGACGUAUUUAAAACCGAAAGUUAUGUUUUGCUCUUUCAACCCGAAUAAUGUACGGCCGUGCUGCUUUUAACAAACUUCUCCGAAGAAGAACCUGCCAAAAAGUUUACGUGAGGGCUUUCGAGGAGUUUGCCUGCGACACAACCACCAAACACAAAGGCUUAGUUCUAGGGGCCUACGAUGGAUGUCAUGUAGGUGAAUACAGGUUGACUCAUACAGCAGAGAAGUUUGAUAUUGAAGUUGGAGGGCGAUUGUCUGAUUUAUUGAAAACAUCCGGCAUUAAAUUGGGAGAAUGCGUCGUUUACAACAACCUCAGUCCGGAGUUUUACGCGAUAGCUGUCGCCGGUCUCGGUCUCGAAGGUCUCGGCUACAACGAGAUUGAAUGUAUAGAAGAGUGCAAGGAAAAUAUAAGAAUCGCUGCGGGGACGGCGUGCAGCACACUCCAGGAUAACCAUAACAUCACCACGAUCAUGGUCGAAGAGUUCACGAAUCCGGAAGCAGCAGCAGAAGGUUCCAGUUUGUCCAUCUGGAGGUACCAAGAGCAGAAGGCGAUUGCAAAGAGAAAGCUGGAACCCAACCUGGAAAUGUACGACGCCCCUGAUCGCGAAUCCUGGGGGCGGGGAAUCAUCAAGGGAGAAUCACAGAACUAUGCCCGAUACCUCGAAGAAAGCCCCGCAAACAUCAUGACUCCUUCUGAUUUUGCCAGAUCUGCAAUCAAUACGCUUUGCCCUUGUGGAGUGGCCGUCGAGGUAAGAGAUCGACCGUGGCUAGAAGAAAAAAAUUUGUGUACUUUCCUCAACAUGGCCAAAGGUUCUUCGCAGCCGCCCUUGUUGCUUGAGUUGAGCUACUGCGGAGGUGCUGAAGACGACAAGCCCGUCAUGCUAAUAGGCAAAGGCAUAACGUUCAGUAGUGGAGGACUUUGUCUCAAAGAUUGCAACCACAUGGAUCAGUACAGAGCAGACAUGGCAGGCGGAGCAGUGAUAGUGGGCGUGUUGAAAGCCCUGGCUCUUCUUGGCACGCCGCUCAACGUGACAGGCUUGGUCCCUCUUUGUGAAAAUAUGCCUGGCGGCAUGGCCGCCAAGCCAGGAGAUACGAUAGUCGGCCGGUUGGGGAAAACAAUCAAGAUCGAAAACACAGAUAAGGAAGGACAGGUCGUUUUGUCGGAUGUACUACACUUCUCGGGGACUCACAAGCCGUGCCUCGUCAUCACCAUUGGGACACUUUCUGGUGCUACCAGACACGCCCUAGGAUCAAGCGCUUCCGCAGUCUUUUCGACGUCAGAUGUCGUCUGGCGCGAAAUGGCGAGGGCUGGAGCCGAAAGUGGUGACAGGGUGUGGAGGCUGCCCCUCUGGAAACACUACUACCGAAAGAUAACACGCUCUCCGGACGUUGACUUGAGCAACGUUGGCCACGGAAUCGGAGGGGAUCCUUGCGUGGCCGCUUCUUUCCUCCUCGAGUGCGCGCCACCCGUUGAUUUCCUCCACAUAGACAACACCGGCACAGGGAUGGAAGCUGGAAGCAUAUCGCCGCCUUACCUAAGGCAGGGAUUCAUGACCGGCCGACCCACACGUACAAUCAUACAGUUCCUGCAGCAAAUAGCGUGCCCGAACGACAGACCGUCUCCUUGCUGAACACGCCUGUUGUGCGGUUCGGUCGAGAAAUAUAAAUAAAUACAUACGUAUUUCAA